CAGUAGGCUCGGCGGUGGCGGAGGGGCUGUGGCCCGCGGCGGGUUCGGAAGCGCGGGGAAGGGGUGCCUAAGGCCGUUGUCUUCUGCGACCGCAACCCACGUCGCCAUGAAGUCGGUGUGGGUUCUCGCUCUGGCGUGUACACUGCUUUUGGCCGUGUCGGUUAGAGCUGAUGAGGUGGAUGUGGAUGGGACUGUGGAAGAUGACUUGGGUAAAAGCAGAGAAGGGUCUCGAACAGAUGACGAAGUUGUUCAGAGAGAGGAAGAAGCUAUCCAACUAGAUGGCCUAAAUGCAUCCCAGAUCAAAGAAAUCAGAGAAAAAUCUGAGAAGUUUGCAUUUCAAGCAGAAGUGAACAGAAUGAUGAAGCUUAUUAUCAAUUCUUUAUAUAAAAACAAAGAGAUUUUCCUGAGAGAACUUAUUUCAAAUGCUUCGGAUGCUUUAGAUAAGAUACGGUUAAUAUCCCUAACUGAUGAAAAUGCUCUUGCUGGUAAUGAAGAACUUACAGUUAAAAUUAAGUGUGAUAAAGAGAAGAACAUGCUUCAUGUUACAGAUACGGGUAUUGGCAUGACCAAAGAGGAGUUAGUCAAAAACCUGGGUACCAUUGCAAAGUCUGGUACCAGUGAAUUCUUGAACAAGAUGACUGAAAUGCAGGAUGAUAGUCAGUCAACAUCUGAGUUAAUUGGCCAGUUUGGCGUUGGCUUUUAUUCUGCUUUCUUAGUGGCAGACAGAGUUAUUGUCACAUCAAAACACAACAAUGAUACUCAACAUAUUUGGGAGUCAGAUUCAAAUGAGUUCUCUGUGAUCAGUGACCCAAGAGGAAACACUUUAGGACGUGGCACAACCAUAACUCUUGUCUUGAAGGAGGAAGCAUCUGAUUACCUUGAACUGGAUACUGUUAAAAAUCUAGUGAAGAAAUACUCUCAAUUCAUAAACUUCCCAAUAUAUGUGUGGAGUAGCAAGACAGAGACUGUUGAAGAACCCAUUGAGGAAGAGGAAGCAAAGGAGAAAGAAGAAACAGAUGAUGAUGAAGCAGCUGUUGAAGAAGAGGAGGAAGAAAAGAAACCAAAAACAAAGAAGGUUGAAAAGACUGUGUGGGACUGGGAGCUUAUGAAUGACAUAAAACCAAUCUGGCAGAGACCAUCUAAAGAAGUUGAAGAAGAUGAAUACAAAGCUUUUUACAAAACCUUUUCAAAGGAACAUGAUGACCCAAUGGCUUACAUCCAUUUCACUGCUGAAGGGGAAGUAACUUUCAAAUCCAUCUUAUUUGUUCCUAAUUCUGCUCCACGUGGCCUGUUUGAUGAAUAUGGAUCCAAAAAAAGUGAUUUCAUUAAGCUGUACGUUCGAAGAGUGUUCAUCACUGAUGACUUCCAUGACAUGAUGCCCAAAUAUCUUAACUUCGUUAAGGGUGUUGUGGAUUCUGAUGAUCUUCCUUUGAAUGUAUCUCGUGAAACACUUCAGCAGCAUAAAUUGUUGAAGGUGAUUAGAAAGAAACUUGUUCGCAAAACUCUUGAUAUGAUCAAGAAAAUUGCAGAAGAAAAAUACAAUGACACUUUCUGGAAAGAGUUUGGUACUAAUGUAAAGCUUGGAGUUAUUGAGGAUCAUUCCAAUCGUACACGGCUGGCUAAACUUCUUCGCUUCCAGUCUUCUCAUCAUGAAAGUAACCUCACAAGCCUUGACCAGUAUGUGGAAAGAAUGAAGGAGAAGCAAGACAAAAUUUAUUUCAUGGCAGGUGCCAGCAGAAAGGAGGCUGAGUCCUCACCAUUUGUUGAACGUCUGCUGAAAAAAGGCUAUGAAGUCAUCUAUCUGACUGAACCUGUAGAUGAAUACUGUAUUCAAGCUCUGCCAGAAUUUGAUGGCAAGAGGUUUCAAAAUGUAGCAAAAGAAGGAGUUAAGUUUGAAGAAAGUGAAAAGUCUAAAGAGAGUCGGGAAGCCUUGGAAAAGGAGUUUGAGCCACUAUUAAACUGGAUGAAAGACAAAGCUCUUAAAGACAAGAUUGAGAAAGCUGUGCUAUCUCAACGUUUGACCCAGUCUCCAUGUGCUCUCGUUGCUAGUCAGUAUGGAUGGUCUGGUAAUAUGGAAAGAAUCAUGAAGGCUCAAGCUUACCAAACUGGGAAGGAUAUAUCUACAAAUUACUAUGCUAGCCAAAAGAAGACAUUUGAAAUUAACCCCAGGCAUCCAUUGAUCAAGGAUAUGCUGAGGCGAGUUAAGGAAAAUGAAGAUGACAAAACAGUUUCAGAUCUUGCAGUGGUGUUGUUUGAAACUGCAACUUUGAGAUCGGGAUAUAUGUUACCAGACACUAAAGAAUAUGGAGACAGAAUAGAAAGGAUGCUUCGUUUAAGUUUAAACAUUGACCUGGAUGCAAAGGUGGAGGAGGAACCUGAAGAGCCUGAAGAUGCAGCUGAGGAGGCAGAGCAAGAUGAAGAGGAGGUGGAUGCUGAUGCUGAAGACAGUGAAACGCAAAAGGAGUCCACAGAUGUGAAAGAUGAACUGUAAACUGCAUUCAACUACCAUCCUGCUUUGGGGGGGAUUAGGAGGGAAUGCAAAUUAGAUUUUGUGUUUUUUUUCCACUGUAAAAUGUUGAGGGAUGGUACAUGGGGUUUAAGGGUAAAGGAGGAUUUUUUUAAGUUCACUUUUCUAAAAACAUUCCUCAUGAAUGUAAAUUUGUAUUAUUUAACUGACUUGGUGUAAAAUCUUGUCAUGUACAAAUAAAAUGUUCCCAAACACCA